AUGUACUCCUCCGAAGACAACUCCAACCCCCUGUCAAAGUACAGGGAGCUCACCCCCAUCCAGCCCGCUCGUGACCUGGCUCCCACCAACGUCUCGGGUGUGCUCAAGCAUGGCUAUAUCUCUGUCAAGGAAGAGGGUCUGAAGGCCUUUAUCUGGUCCAAGAGAUACAUGACCUUGCGUGAGCUGACUCUCAGCUUCCACAGGAACGAGUCGACUCCUCAAGCCGUUGUUCUGAUCUUCCUCAAGGACAUUACCGCCGUGACCAGGACAGACCUCAAGGCCUACUGCUUCGAGCUCGUUACCAAGGACAGGAGCUACUUCCUCUCGUGCAAGAACGACGAGGAGCUGUACUCAUGGAUGCAUGAGAUCUACUCCCGAUCCCCUCUUAUGGGUGUCUCCAACCCCACCAACUUUGUUCACAAGGUCCAUGUUGGCUUUGACCCCAACACCGGCAACUUUACCGGCUUGCCAGAGACAUGGACAAAGCUGCUGACUGGAUCUGCCAUUACCAAGGAGGACUACGCUAACAACCCCCAGGCUGUGUUGGAGGUCUUGGAGUUCUACACGGAUCAGACAAAGCGCAAUGAAGCAGAGUACGGUACCGCCUCGUUGAUACCCAACUCACUUCCUCUCAUCCCCAGCGACUCGGAGGGCGAUCGUUGGGCCAACCUCAUGCCUAGACAGCAACCCACUCCCCCUUCGAGCAGACCUGAACGUCCCCAGCGCCCAGAGCGCCCCGACCGCCCAGAGGAUCAGCUCCGUCCCUCAAUCCCAGAGCGCUCGCAGAGUGUCGAUACCCUCCCUGUCACCCAAAGAAUGUCCAGCUUGAAUGUUUAUGACGAUAGGGGCAACCAGCAGCCAGGAAGUCGUCCAGCCCUUGCUCCAAGACCACCCAACGCUCUCCGCCCCGACUAUGCACCUCCAUCUCCCACUUCUCCUCGUGCACCCAACCACCAGUUCACUCCCCCACUUUCUAGCUCGCCCUCCAACAAGUACAACAACCCUCCCCCAAAGCCCCCACAACAACCUCCUUCCCCCUCAGCGUCACCUUCCAGUCUUCGUCAGCCCAACGCCUACGCACCUCCUCCUCGGAGCAAUACCUCGCCCAUCGCUGUCAAAUACCCUGGAUCAUCUGCUGAGUCUGGCUCGAAACCACCAGCGAUCGUUCGCCCUGCUGUUGCCGAUGCUGCUGCUUCCUUGAAUGGCUCCAACGCCCCCAAGGUCGCUGUUGAACGUCGUAUUUCGACCAUGACUGAGGCUGAGAUUAUGGAGAAGCUGCGCAGUGUCGUCUCCUCGGGCGACCCCAGCACUUUGUAUAGCAAGAUCAAGAAGGUCGGUCAGGGAGCUUCCGGAUCAGUCUAUGUCGCCAAGCACCUCACGACAAACACCAAGGUUGCCAUUAAGCAGAUGGAUCUUGCAUUGCAGCCCAGGAAGGAGUUGGUUGUCAACGAGAUUUUGGUCAUGAAGGAGUCGACCAACCCCAAUAUUGUCAACUACCUCGACUCAUUCUUGGUCAAGGGUCAGGAGUUGUGGGUCGUCAUGGAGUACAUGGAGGGUGGUGCCUUGACCGAUGUUAUUGACAACAACAAGCUCUCAGAAAGCCAAAUUGCCUGCAUCUGCUUAGAGACAUGCAAGGGUCUGCAGCACUUGCACAGCCAGAACAUCAUUCACAGAGAUAUCAAGUCCGAUAACGUUCUUUUGGAUUCCCUCGGACAUGUCAAGAUUACUGAUUUCGGAUUCUGCGCAAAGUUGACUGAUCAGAAGAACAAGCGUGCUACAAUGGUCGGUACCCCCUACUGGAUGGCUCCUGAGGUUGUCAAGCAGAAGGAAUACGGUGCCAAGGUCGAUAUCUGGUCUCUGGGUAUUAUGGCCAUUGAGAUGAUCGAGCAGGAGCCCCCAUACUUGGACGAGGAGCCCCUCAAGGCUCUUUACUUGAUCGCCACCAACGGAACCCCCACAUUGAAGAAGCCCGAGACUCUGAGCUCUGAGCUCAAGAACUUCUUGGCCGUCUGCCUGUGUGUCGAGGUCAAGAGCCGUGCCACCUCCAAGGAGCUUUUGGAGCACGAGUUCUUGAAGCGUGCAGGAUCAUUGCAUUCUCUCCGUCCUCUCUUCGACUUUAAGCGAGGCGGAUAA